AUGCAUACAGGCAUAUCAGAGUCUAUAAGUAUCCAUGAAACCAAAUUGGAAUUAGAGUAUGGUAUGAAUUCUGAAGAACUAGCUGAUGCUUCAAUUAACCCUAAGUAUAGGACCGUUCGUCAUUGGUAUGACACUUGGAAAUUAAAUAACCUCGGAUCUUCUACUGAACUUAGUGUAUUACAGAAACUUGAAGAUAAGAAAACCGAUUAUGAAAAAUGUGGAAUUAUUGUAAGGUUUAAUGAAAAUCCAUUUGCUAGACUAAUGGUCACUCCUAUUAUGCAAAGAGCUCAUAAAUUAGCUUUUUCUAAAGAUAUUGCUUUUGCAGACAGUACUGCGUCAUGUGAUACUCAGAGUCAUUCUGUUACAUUUAUGCUAACAUCAUGUGGUAUUGGAGCUAUUCCUCUGGGAAUGUUUAUAACAAAAGGACAAACAGUUGAUGACUAUAAGACUGCAUUUUCAUUACUAAAAGAUUCAGUUCCUAAUAGUUUUAAUGGCCAAGGCUUUCCAAGACAUUUUAUAAUUGAUGAUAGCGAGGCAGAAAGACAAGCACUAAAAUCAAUUUGGCCACAAUCAAAUAUUUUGCUUUGUAGGUUCCAUGUAUUACAGUCAGUUUGGAGAUGGUUAUGGGAUGUAAAACAUAAUAUCAAAAAUGAACACAGACAAUUGUUAUUUAAAUUAUUUCAAAGUAUUUUAAUUGCACCUGAUUAUAAUAGUGCUCACAAUGCCUAUACUACUGCUACUGGCAAAAUAAACACUAUAAAUAAUAGUAUAAGUGAUGAAAUUAUACCUCUUAAGUAUGAAAAAUGGGUGAAAUAUAUGACUAAUUAUUGGGCGAGGAAAGAAUUAUGGUGUCUAGCUUUUAGAGAUGCUACUGUCCAUGGUAAUCAGACCAAUAAUUUUAGUGAAGUUAAUGUACGGAUUUUUAAAGACAUAAUACUCUCUAGAAAUAAGGCAUAUAAUGCCAUUGCACUGGUGGAUUUUAUUUGUACUGGCCUCGAAGAUUACUACUUAAGACGUUUAAGGACUUUUGUUAAUGGUAGAAAUGACACAGCUCGAUUGCUUUUUGAAGAUCAAAUAAAAAGAGCUGUUUAUAUUAAUAAAGAUUCAAUAGAAAAAUUGCCUAACAAUAUAUUUAAAGUACCAUCAGGGUCCGAUUGUAGUUAUUAUGAAGUAGAUGUCACUCAUGGAUUUUGUACUUGUUCCAAAGGAAACUUGGGAGCUUUUUGCAAGCAUCAGGCAGUAGUAUACUAUCACUUUAACAGAGCCAUGCCUAAUUUACCAGCUAUUACUGUCGAUUCUCGCUAUAUGCUAGCUAAAUUAGCUUUUGGAGAAAAUGUACCUGAAAUAGCAUUUUAUAAGCCACUUCAUCUUGAAAAAAAUAAUUGUCAAUCUAGUGAAGAAACAACAGAAAUUGUUGAAGAUAAUAUAUUAUCAUCUCCAAUAAGAAAUACUGUAGUUGAAACUGAUGAUCAUCUUGAUAAUCAUAAUAUUGAUCAACAGUCGGAUGAAUAUGUUAACCAGAUUCAAGAAUUAAUAAAAACAAAUUUUGAAAAAUUUAAAAGUAAUACUUCAGUUUCUAUACUCUCUAAAUGUUUAGAUCGUUUGAAGAAAGUUAAGUCGAUUGCUACUUGGGAAUCAUUUUUGAGUACUGCUGGUAGUACUAUAUCACUAAGACAUCGAUCUCGUGCCACUAUUCAUGUACAGCCUACUACCAUAAGUAGAAGAAAGCCAGGUGUCACAAGAGGUAGUAAACGUUUAUUAGUAGGACGACCAGUGAAAACAGACAAUAACAAAAGAAAUGUAAUAAAAAGAAAAAGAAAUUUAGCCGAAAAUGUGAGGAAAAAUGUCCCAAAUGCCAAAGGUCAUUAUUUCUAUUACUAG